CGGGGGAGCGUGUUGUGGGGCGGACCGGGGCGGGCGCGGGCCGCCAUGGCGUCGCCCCCGCUGUCGGCGGCGGGCGGGAGCGGCGGCGAGCUCAGCUCGGGCUCCGAGGCGGCGGCCACGGGCGCCGCGCCGCCGGGCCGGGACCUGCCCGCGCUCUUCGAGCAGGCGGCCGAGCGGCUCCCCUCGCUGCUGUCCGUCGCCAGCAAGGAGCAGCUGCUCUACCUGUACGCCCGCUACAAGCAGGUGAAACUUGGAACCUGUAACACCCCCAAGCCAAGCUUCUUUGAUUUUGAGGGAAAGCAGAAAUGGGAAGCUUGGAAAGCCCUGGGAGAUACCAGCCCUCACCAAGCCAUGCAGGAGUACAUCGCUGCAGUGAAAAAACUCGACCCCAGUUGGAAUCCGCAGACAACAGAGAAGAGGGGAAAGGAGAGCAAAACUGGAUUUGGAGGCCCAGUCAUCAGCUCAUUAUAUCAAGAAGAAGAAAUAAUCAGGGAAGAGGACAAGAACAUUUUUGAUUACUGCAGAGAAAACAACAUUGACUAUGUAACCAAAGCCAUUCAAUCAAAAAAAGUGGAUGUGAACAUCACAGAUGAGGAGGGCCGGGCUCUGCUCCACUGGGCAUGUGACAGAGGACACAAGGAGCUGGUUUCAGUCCUGCUACAGAACGCUGCUGACGUGAACAUCCAGGAUGGGGAAGGCCAGACUGCACUCCAUUAUGCUGCCACCUGCGAGUUUCUGGACAUCGUGGAGCUGCUGCUGCAGUCGGGAGCUGACCCCAGGCUGCGGGACCAGGACGGCUGCCUGCCCGAGGAGGUGACGGACUCCAAAGCCAUCACCCGGGCUCUGCAGCAGCACGGCACCGGCGAGCCCUGACCCGGGGGACAGAGCUGCUCUGCAACAACGCCCCUUCCCCCUCCCCAAACACCUCGGGGCUUCAGGGCACCUUUUAAAGCACAGGGUCUGGCUGGGCUCUGCAGCACCAGGGCCAAGCGCAUGCCCUGAGCAGGAUGGCUUCAGAGUGUGGCGUGCUCUGACGUUUAUCAGUAUUUGAGGGGGGAGGGAGAGGGGAGAGGGCCUGGAGGAGGCCCCAAGUGUUAUUUUAAUGUAUCAAACGCGAGUACUGUAUGGGCUGUCUCACCAGAGCAGCGUGGGCUGACCAGUCGGCUCCUCCGUGGGGAUGCGGGGCCAGGUGAAAUGCUCAUCUCCCAUUCAGGUUGAAUUUUGGUUCGUUUUUUUAUUUUUUUCCCUGGGUCCAAACAAACAAUAUAAAUAAAAGCACAGUGUUGGGA